CACGUAUGGUAGUUGAGGUGAUGUGUUCUGGCAAGCCGCCGGGAUUUUGCCGGGGGAACGCUUACUGGACCGUGGCUCGCGGGCGGUAACGGCUGUGGCCUCCCAGGCACCGAAGGUGGGGGUCUGGACGUUACCGAUAGCCAGAAUGCAAUUUCACUGGUGUUGGCUCUGCUUGACUGUCUUGUUGUUAAGUUCAAUAAGAGCAGAAGCUGAAGAUUCAAAAGCUGACAUGGAGAACUUUGACAAGAAUUCAGAAGAUACUAAUGCUGACAAAGACAGAUUACCCCUUGAGGUUGUGUACCAGACGCCGAAGCCAACUGGAGAAGUUUAUUUUACUGAAACUUUUGAUGAUGCAAUGUUGUCUGGGUGGGUUCUGUCUCAGACCAAAAAAGAAGAUACAGAUGAAGAUAUUGCUAAAUAUGAUGGAAGAUGGGAAAUAGAACCACUAAAGGAAAAUUCAGUGCCUGGUGACAGAGGAUUGGUAUUGAAAUCAGUAGCAAAGCAUCAUGCAAUUUCAGCUAUGUUAACACAGCCAUUUAUUUUUGAUAGUAAGCCACUAAUUAUUCAGUAUGAAGUGAAUUUUCAAGAUGGCAUUGAUUGUGGUGGUGCAUAUGUUAAACUUCUUUCCAAAAGUGAUGACUUGAACCUGGAAUACUUCCAUGACAAAACUUCAUACACAAUAAUGUUUGGACCAGAUAAAUGUGGAGAAGAUUACAAGCUACAUUUUAUCUUCAGGCAUAAGCAUCCUAAAACUGGAGACUAUGAGGAAAAACAUGCCAAGCGCCCUGAUGUAGAUCUAAAAAAAGUCUACUCAGACAGAAAGACCCAUCUCUAUACUCUUGUUCUAAAACCUGAUGACACAUUUGAAGUGUUCAUUGACCAAACAGUUGUCAGCAAGGGAAGUCUCCUGGAAGACAUGGUUCCACCUGUGAAUCCUCCAAAAGAAAUAGAAGAUCCCAAUGAUAAAAAGCCUGAGGACUGGGAUGAGAGACCUAAAAUUCCUGAUCCUGAUGCUGUUAAGCCAGAUGACUGGAAUGAAGAUGAGCCUGCCAAAAUUGAAGAUCCUGAUGCUGUUAAGCCUGAAGGUUGGCUUGAUGAUGAGCCAGAAUAUGUUCCAGAUCCUAAUGCAGAAAAACCAGAAGAUUGGGAUGAAGAAAUGGAUGGUGAAUGGGAAGCUCCACAGGUUCCUAAUCCAAAGUGUGAGACUGCACCUGGUUGUGGAGCAUGGGCACGCCCCAUGAUAAACAAUCCAAAUUAUAAAGGGAAAUGGAAGCCACCUAUGAUAGAGAACCCUAAUUAUCAGGGAAUAUGGAGUCCUCAGAAAAUCCCAAAUCCUGAUUAUUUUGAAGAUUCUCAUCCUUUUCAGAUGACUGUUGUUGGUGCUAUUGGCUUGGAGCUUUGGUCUAUGACCUCAGAUAUAUACUUUGAUAACUUCAUCAUCUGUUCUGAUAAAGAGGUUGCUGACCGAUGGGCAGCAGAUGGCUGGGGCUUCAAAAAGUUGAUUGCAAGUGCUAAUGAACCUGGCAUAUUUAGUCAGAUGGUGACUGCAGCAGCAGAACGCCCAUGGCUUUGGAUUAUUUACAUCUUGACUUUAGCAGUUCCUGUAGGAUUGGGUAUAUUAUUCUGUUGGCCAUCCAAGCAAAUAGAUGAGGAUAUGGAAUACAAAAAAACUGACAUAGUCCAGCCACUUACAAAAGGAGAACUAGAACAAGAGAUGCAAGGAAAGGAUGAAGAACUUAAAAAACCAAAUGAAAACACUGGUGAAGGCGAGUAUGAAGGUGGUGAAGAAGAUUAUGAAGAAGGAAAUGAAACUGCUGAAGGAAGUCAGGAAGAAGAGGGUAAUAAAUCCCUCUCAGAAGAAGAUGAGAUGAAAGAAGCAGAUGAAAGCACAGGGUCUGGUGAUGGGCCAGCAAAAUCAGUUCGCAAAAGGAGAGUACGCAAGGAAUAGCUUAUUUCCAUCUAGUAUUGGUGGUUCCUGGGUACAGAACACAGAAAUGGUUUACCUAACAGCAUGCAGGUUGUUAAGUCUUGAAAGACUGAAUUCCUGUUAUACUCCUACUACGACUUUUCAACCCCUCCUAAGCUUGUCAGAUUUUUCCCUUAUUUUGAAAAGCACUCCUACUUGUGAAGUUACCUGUAUCUUCAUAGACUAAAAGAAAAAUGGUGAUAUGCCUGAUUUAACUGUAAAUAUUGUUUGCAGUUAUUUAGAUAAUAUUGUUUGGAGAUAACUUUGGCUUCAAAAUAUUACCUUUUUAAAUGCUCAUGUAAAUUGAAUUAUAUUUUUUCCAGCUGUCACACAAUAUACUGAUCUUAAACUUAGAAUAACAGGAAUAAACAGUUGCAACAUCAAUUCAAGGAUGCUUUCAUAGAAACAGUUCACAAUGAACUCUGCUGAGCUUAAAACAACAGCAACUGUACUUUAACUAUUUAUUACAGCAGCCAUUUUUACUGUAAUGUCUACCUAUGCUUUGUUUGUCGUGUUAGUUUGACAUUUGUUAUGGUCACUGUUUGUUUUUUACAAAGCACCAUAUUGUCAUUAAUUAUAGUUGAUCGAACAGCUUGUUUUUUACAUUCAAAUGCAAAAAUGUUAACUAUAUUCAAGUCAAAUAAUGUACAGGAGACUUUUUCACAUUUUUAUAGUUCCAUGUUUCAAGCCAGAGUGGCAUAAUCUGUUUACAAAAUAUUUGCUAAGUGUAUAUUGCCUCCUAAAUAAAAGUAUUUAAUAUAA